AUGAGCAUCGACCUCGAGUGGAGCGCACUCGACGCCCACCUCACCCAAGCCUGCACCCGCUUCCUCUCGCACGCCUUCAACACGGCCCCGACCCCCGACUUCCUCGGCCCGCUCGAGGUCACCGCCUUCUCGUUCGGCGACGCACACCCUGAACUCACCCUCGUCGACAUCCGCGACAUCCAGCACGACCGCUCGAGGUCCCGCUCGCCCGCCGCUGCACCAGGACGCGGUCGUCCUCCUCUCGCAGGCGGCGGUGCCCACCCGCUCGCCCAGCACGACCUCCACUCUCAGCACACCCACACCCACCCGCACUCGUACGCCGCCCCGUCCCCCUCGCCCUCCCUCUCGUCCCUCCCGCCGCUCCCUCCCCCCUCGAGCGCCCCCUCCCCGUCCUUCCAGGUCCACCUCCGCCUGUCGUACUCGGGCAACCUCUCGCUCGGCAUCGCCACCGCCCUCCGCAUCAACUACCCCUCGAGCAGCUUCAUGAGCCUCCCCCUGUCGCUCACCUUGACCGGCCUCGCCCUCGAGGGAACCCUCGUCGUCGCCUUCGAGGGCGGCCGCCGCCGCGUCCACCUGUCGCUCCUCGAGCCCGACCCUUUCUCGUCGACGACGCCCGGCGCGCGCGUCCUGCGCGCCGCCCACGUCGAGAGCGAGGUCGGCCAGGCCGACAAGCACGUCCUGAGGAACGUCGGCAAGGUCGAAAAGUUUGUCGUCGACGUCGCGCGCAAGACGCUCGAGAACGAGCUCGUGUUCCCGUGCGUCCUCUCUCUCUCUCUCUCUCUCGUUCGUCGAGUCCUGGUUCUCGCAACGACACGCCUCGUCGGCGUCGUCGGCACGAGUCGACGGCCGCAUCGGCGAGACGGAACUGACACUAGCGUCGUCGCACCCUUCCACAGCAACUUUCAGACGAUCGUUUUUUAG